UAGUCGAAUAAUCGUUGGUUUGAAAAGAAGUGGUGUUCAAUCAGAAAAAUUCAUCGCGAUGUCUGCAGAACAGAGUGGAAUAACAGAUGGUAUACGAUUACUUUUUCAGCGUCCAAACGAGCCAUUAUUCACUGUGAAAGACAAUGGCAAAACCGUUUUUGAGCUACCAUCAAACUUUUAUACGGAACGUUACGAAACUAUUGGAGCUUCCUUGAGCACUCGAAUUGGAGAAGACGUUGAGAAAACAAUACAUUUGCGACCAAUCCAGCAACUGAACCUAGAUUUUACGAAGUCAAUUCAAUUGCGUGGUUCCUUUUCACUGUUUAUUAAAAGCCAUCAGGUUAUUGCGGGCGAAUUGAUAAAAAUAUUUUUAGAUUCAUCUGAGGAAGACUUCAUUUCGACAGCAGCCUUCAUCAAAGAUCGCGUUAAUCCAUAUUUAUUUUUGUACUCAUUAGCCACUGCUGUGCAGCAUCGAAAUGAUACACAGAAUCUAUCAUUGCCAUCGAUUGUUCAACAAUUUCCCGAUCAAUUUGUGGACUCGUCGGUGUUUCCGCGCGCUAGAGAAGAAGGUUCUCUAGUACCGGCUGAAAGUCGUAUUCCAAUCGAGAUAAAAAUGAAUUUUACAGCAUCGGAUCGUGAACCAGAACAACGUUUGGCCUAUUUUCGUGAAGACAUCGGCGUCAAUAUGCACCACUGGCAUUGGCAUCUCGUAUAUCCAGGUGAAGGCCCAUUAAAUGUUGUGAACAAAGAUCGACGUGGUGAACUGUUCUACUAUAUGCACAGUCAACUCGUGGCCCGUUAUAACAACGAACGUUUUUGCAAUCAUUUGGAAAGCGUUAAACCGUUGAAUAAUUUCCGUGAACGCAUCAAAGAGGGAUACUUUCCGAAAAUUGUACGAAGUUUAAACAAUCGUGCAUAUCCAGCGCGUCCAGACAAUGCCCAAUUACAGGAUCUGCAUCGCGAUGAUGAUAAUACGGAAAUUGCUGACUUGGAACGAUGGCGUGAUCGAAUUCAUCAAGCAAUUGAUCAGGGUUAUGUCGUUGAGCAAGGCACCAAUCAACACAUUCCACUCGACGAAACGAACGGAAUUAAUAUUCUGGGUAAUGUGUUGGAAGCGAGUGCGAUAUCACCAAAUCGGCAAUUGUAUGGGAAUCUACAUAAUUUGGGCCAUAAUGUUAUUGCAUACGUUCACGAUCCCGAUGGUACACAUUUGGAAGAUUACGGCGUUAUGGCUGACGUAACCACGGCGAUGAGAGAUCCAGUUUUUUAUCGCUGGCACGCAUUUAUCAAUUCGAUCUGUGUUAAAUUCAAAAAUACUCUGCGGUCUUAUCAACCGAAUGAGCUAUUGUUUGAAGGUGUUGCUGUGAAUUCGGUUGAUGUGCAAAUUACAACGCAAUCAAAAAGCACCAUACCAAAUCUGCUGUUAACUUAUUGGCAAAAGUCAGAUGUGGAUCUGGGAGCUGGUUUAGAUUUUGGUCCCGGCAAUGUUUAUGCACAAUUCACUCAUUUACAGCACGCACCCUUUGAAUACCGCAUAAAUAUUACAAAUGAUGCGUCUGUGCCCAAACAAGGCACUUGCCGCAUAUUUUUAAUCCCGAAAUUCGAUGAAAGAGGUGAAGCACUGCGCUUCCGUGAACAGCGAUCUUUUGCCGUUGAAAUGGACAAGUUUGUGAUUAAUUUAAAUCCAGGAGCAAACGAGAUCCGUCGACGUUCGGAACAAUCGAGUGUGACAAUUCCAUAUGAACGAUCAUUCAGGCGUAUUGGAAGUGAAUACCAACCAAAGAAUGGCGAAGAACUGGCUCAAUUCCAAUUUUGUGGUUGUGGGUGGCCACAACAUAUGCUUCUGCCGAAAGGAACUCCAGCAGGCACCAAGUAUGACAUUUUCGUUAUGGUCAGCUCAUAUGAACAUGAUCGCGUCGAUCAAGUGUUAGAUAGCGGUGUACUAUGUAACGAUUCGUUUUCAUUUUGUGGAUUAAGGAACAAAAAAUAUCCUGACGCCCGUCCCAUGGGCUAUCCAUUUGAUAAAAAUUCACAAUUCAACAAUCUGGACAUUGGAUCAUUGACGGAAUUUACUGAACAUUUGACAAAUGCGACUCUAGGUGAAUGUUCGAUUCGUUUCACAGAUGCAGUCAUCGAUCGUGUUUAAGUGCGCUCUGCUUCAAAAAUUUGUUUCAUUUGAAUUUUGCUUACUAUUCAUGCGAUUGACUGAUGCUGAUUGCGUGAAGUUUACUCCGUAAUAACCGAAUGAUGUAAAUAAAGUGAAAAAUAAAACAAUCGUCUGAUCAUCUUAUCUUACAUUUAUGUAAUUGAAUCGACGAUAUUCAGACAUUCCAAAGCAAAAAAUGCGUUUAAUAAAUGCGAAAUGUUUAUAAUACAAA